AUGGCUCCGGGGAAGGAAAGGCCCGAUGUAGGAGAUGCCGCCACCGGUCGCCAGUCGCAAGAAGGCUCCGUGCAAACGGAUCUUAUACCUAAGCGGGCUGCAACAUUCAAGGAUUACAUGCUCCAGCGCAUAUUUUCCUACGGUACCAAGUGGGACUUUAUUGCCUACGUCGCGGGUGGGCUGUCUGCUGCCAUUGCUGGAGCUACCACGCCCCUAAUGCUGAUCUUGUUCGGUGAUUUCGUCGACCACUUCAGUAUCAUCAAUCUCGAGAGCUCUGAUGCGGGCCUCCGGAAGGACAUCAACCGACUUUGCCUUUACGUGGUUUACCUCUUCGUCGCUCGUUUCGUCCUUAGUGCGAUCCACAAGUUUGCCUUCCGAAUGAUAGGGAUCCGACUCUCAGCUGCCAUACGCUUGCACUAUUUGAACCGACUUUUCGGCCAUAGCAUCUAUGAAUUGGACACUUUGCCCCCGGCCAUGCCGUAG